AUGAUAUUGAACAUAUUGAAUCAAGAACAACAACAUACAGGUUUUGGUACAGGUUCAACACAUUCACAAUGGAAAUCUGAUAGAAUAAUUCAAAUGCAGAAAUUACAUGAAGAACAUGUUAUUCACUCAUUUGAUAUAUUUUAUUCAAUAUUUUCAAAUAAAUUAUCUGAAGAAUUACUUGAUGAUAAUUUAAUUGAAAUAAUGAAUACAUCAUGUUUUAUACCAGUGCUUGAAUCAUAUUUACGUAAUGAUUCUAUAUUAGAUAUGUCAAAACAAGGCGAUAUACAUCGUUAUUGUUUACGUUUAGUUAAGUGUUGA